AUGCUCACUUUUUGUCGCUUUUGGGUUGCAAACAGAGGCGGCGUUGCCAUGUCACCAGUCAACGAAAUAACCAAGGGCCGAGGCGUGCCGGAAUAUGCAUGGACGAAUCUACGACGUGGGCUUGCCAGCGCAGCAUGCUUGAAGACGCAUGGAGCAAGAAAUAGGCGAGGCUGGGGCCACGAGAAGCAUUGCGUGAUGAUCCACGCCCAGGUGAGGUUCAUGAAGAUGUUGAUAGCCGACGGCAGUGGUGCAGAGCAAGCGGCAAGGACGCGGGUUCGUGAAGGGCAGGGUGGCGGUGGGACGCGACCCGUGUCGAGGCCUGCUUUGCUCGACGAGCAUGGGGCAUGCAAGUCUGCUUCGUCGACGCUCCAGCGCCCCCAUACUAGCUAG